CUAAUGGAGAGGAUCCGCACAGCCUGGAACAAUGCAGAUGGGAUAGAAGGAAGAUGUUCGGGAGGCAACAUUGUAGGGAGAAAAGAGAUUUCAGAGACCAAGCGGAGAGGGAGCUGGGAGAACGAAGAAAGCUUGGCAAAAAGCCCUCUCAGGUUGGAGGGGAGCCAUGAGCCGAUUCCUGAACGUGUUACGAAGCUGGCUGGUGAUGACGUCCAUUCUAGCUGUGGGUCACUCUCUGCAGAGCUUCCGAGACCACACCUUUCUUUAUGAAAAGAUCUAUACCAGCAAGCCAGACCUGGUGAAUGGCCUCCAAGCUCGGACCUUUGGAGUCUGGACGCUGCUCUCAUCAGUGGUUCGCGGCCUCUGCGCCAUCGACAUUCACAACAAAAUGCUCUACUGCAUCACGCUCUGGACCUUCUUCAUUGGCAUGGGGCACUUCCUCUUUGAGAUGUUUGUUUUUGGGACUGUGGCUCCCACGAUUUUCAUGCUGGCAAUCCUCACAGUGGCAAGUAUCUCGAUCCUGGGCAUGCUAGUGGGGCUCCGGCACCUAGAAGCAGAACCAGGAUCCAGACAGAAGAAGAGAAACUGAGGUCAACAUCACCAUGUCCAAGACAUCACCUCCCGCCUUUGCUCACCUCUUCCUUCUCUAUGCUCUUCAGUUUUACUUCUGCUCCAUUAUUCACUUCUAGCCUUUCACAUUUAGGGUUUUUUUUUUCUUUAAUUUAACAUUUCUAAGCUAUAACAUGCAUAUAGUAAGUCAGUGCCAUUUAAAUGUGUGUGAAGAAUCAUUUUAGAAUGAUGUAGGUCCAUCCAAAUUAAAGAACUGCC